AAGGAGGCCGACAGGAUCGUGGCGCUGCCGGGGCAGCCGCCGCGGGUGAACUUCGAGCAGUACGCCGGGUACGUGACGGUGGACCAGGAGCACGGCCGCGCGCUCUUCUACUACUUCGUCGAGUCCCCCUACGACGCCACAUCCAAGCCCCUCGUCCUCUGGCUCAACGGAGGGCCGGGAUGCUCGUCGCUGGGGUUCGGCGCGAUGACGGAGCUCGGCCCGUUCCGUGUCAACCCCGAUGGCAAGACCCUGAGUAGGAACCGGCACGCCUGGAACAACGUGGCCAACGUCCUCUUCCUGGAGUCGCCGGCCGGAGUUGGCUUCUCCUACUCCAACACCUCCUCGGACUACGUAGUCGGCGACGAGAGGACGGCGGUGGACUCGUACAUCUUCCUGCUCCACUGGCUCGAGCGGUUUCCCGAGUACAAGGGCCGAGACUUCUACAUCGCUGGCGAGAGCUACGCCGGGCAUUACAUCCCGGAGCUGGCCGCCGUCAUCGUGGCUGACCCCACGAGCCUCAAGGGGAUCUUCAUUGGCAACGCGUUACUUGAUUACCAGAAUAAUGACAAGGGCUCUCUCGAGUUCUUGUGGAACCACGGGGUGAUGUCUGACGAGAUAUGGGCCAACAUUACCAAGCACUGCAGCUUCGGCCCGUCCGAUGGCACUUCGUCUUCGUGCGAUGCGGCGACGACGGCAUUCUAUUUCAACUUCGCUAAAAUCGUUGGCAACAUCGAUGUGCACAACAUUUACGCUCCGAUGUGCAUCCAGGCGCCAAACGGAACGGUCUACUCGAGUAGCUACUUACCUGGCUAUGAUCCGUGCAUCAAUAACUACGUUACCAACUACUUCAAUAGCCUUGAUGUGCAGGAGGCGAUUCAUGUGCGGAUCAAUACACGUUGGUCGAAUUGCAGUAUGCAAGUGUACGGGAACUGGAAGAAGCCCCCAUUGACCAUGGUGCCAACUCUCUCGUCGCUUGUGGACACCGGAUUGCGAGUCUGGUUGUACAGUGGUGACAUGGAUGACGUUUGUCCGAUUACUGCGACGAGGUACUCCGUUCAUGAUCUCAAUCUGACAAUCACAAAGCCAUGGCGUCCCUGGUACACCCCUGCCAACGAGGUUGGGGGUUAUAUUCAGCAACACGAGGGAGGAUUCACGUUUGCAUCUGUGAGGGGAGCUGGCCACAUGGUGCCCAGUUUCCAGCCUAAGAGAUCAUUGGUUCUCUUCUACUCCUUCCUGAAAGGCGUGCUCCCACCUGCAGUUUCACUAUGGCAGCCGUAA